AUGAUUGUUCGGCAACAGUGCAUGCGGCAGAGCCGCCAGUUUCUUGCCCUCAAUCGGCAGUCUCACAUCUUGAACAGGUUUUAUUCGAUUGAGACACCUGUGGAUACAUCAGCACAGAUUCCUGUCGAAGAGCAGUCAGCUCAACUCGAAGGUUCUUUGUCGUCUACACCAACUCCAACAUCUGUAAGGAGUGCAGCAAGAGAGGCUUUUCUAAAGCGUGAAGAACAAAGAAACAAGUUCCACAACCUUGGAAGCAAGGUGACGAAUGCGUACCGCCCGGAGAGACUUAUUGAGUCUCCACCCAAACCUUCCGAUAUCACUCUCGAACUGCUCCUCGCAUCUCAGACACACCUUGGACACUCGACGUCUCGCUGGAACCCUCAGAACUCACGCUAUAUCUUUGGUAUUCGCGAUGGAAUUCAUAUUAUCUCUCUGGAUGUGACCGCAGCUUACCUGCGACGUGCUGCUAAAGUUGUGGAAGAGGUUGCCGCUCGAGGUGGCUUGAUUCUCUUUGUGGGCACGAGGAAAGGCCAAAAACGAUAUGUGGUUAGAGCCGCCGAGCUGGCUGGGGGAUAUCACAUCUUUGAGCGAUGGAUCCCAGGCAGUUUGACGAACGGACAACAGAUCCUUGGCCACUGUGAGACUAAGGUUGUCAAUGCCUUGGAUGAGGAGUUACCCGAAUACAGGGAGGCUAUGGAAGAUCGCCCUGUCCUGAAGCCUGAUCUUGUAGUUUGUUUGAACCCAGUCGAGAACGAUGUCCUUCUACACGAGUGUGGAGUUCAUAAUGUUCCUACCAUUGGUGUCAUCGAUACAGAUGCCGACCCCACAAGCGUCACCUAUCCAAUUCCUUCCAACGAUGAUAGUUUGCGCGCAGUCGGUGUUAUUGCUGGGAUAUUGGGAAGAGCCGGACAUGAAGGCCAACAGAGGAGAUUGGAGGUAGCAAAAAAGCAUGGUCAACUCACAUAUGAGCGGCCGAACAUCAGACUGGAUGUAGGCAGCCAGAACCAGAAACCAGAAACCCCAGCAGACAGCCAGCAAUGA